AUGUAUAACCACAAACAUGCGUUGUGGCCUCAAACGUAUGAUAAUGCCUCAGUCUCUUUCAUCCUGCUGUGCUCUGCUUGUGUCUUUUUCAUGAUCCCAGGGUUAGGGUUUCUAUACUCCGGCUUGGCCCGUAGAAAAUCUGCCCUAGCUUUGAUCUGGGUUGUCUUGAUGGCCACAGUGGUAGGGAUGAUCCAAUGGUAUUUCUGGGGUUACUCUCUAGCAUUCUCCCUUAGUGCUCCUGAUAAUAAGUUCAUCGGUAACUUGGACUCCUUCGGGUUCAGAAACGUCUAUGGGACCAAGAUGACUACAGCUAGCGAUGGAUCAUAUCCUGAAUUGGCCUUUGCCAUUUUCCAAAUGAUGUUUCUUUGUGUCACUUUAAGUAUUGUGGCAGGUGCCACUGCAGAAAGAGGUCGUCUCUUGCCUCAUAUGUUGUUUUUGUUUUUCUUUGCAACUGCUGUAUAUUGCCCAAUCACUUACUGGAUUUGGGCUCCAGGUGGUUGGUGUUAUAGAUGGGGGGUCCUUGAUUGGGCUGGGGGUGGUCCCGUGGAAAUUGUCAGUGCUGUAGCUGGGUUUGUCUAUUCGUACUUCUUGGGUAGAAGAAAGGAAAACCUAUUGAUCAAUUUCAGACCGCAUAAUGUUUCCAUGGUUACGUUGGGAACAGGUAUUCUUUGGUUCGGUUGGCUCUUGUUCAAUGGGGGUACUUCAUUAGCUCCCAAUCUGAGAUCCGUCUAUGCAUUCAUGAACACUAACUUAAGUGCUGCUAUGGGUGGUAUUGUUUGGUGUUUGAUCGAUUUCCGAUUAGAAAGAAAAUGGUCCACUGUAGGUCUAUGUUCAGGAUUGAUCUGUGGUCUUGUUGCGGCAACACCUUCUUCCGGAUGUAUUCCAUUAUAUGGUUCUAUCGUACAAGGUGUAGUGGCAGGUGUAGUUUGUAAUUUUGCCACCAAGAUUAAAUACUAUUUGAAAGUCGACGAUGCACUUGAUUUGUUAGCAGAACACGGUAUAGCCGGUGUCAUUGGUUUAUUAUUUAAUGCAAUCUUUGGUGCAGAUUGGGUCAUUGGUCUUGAUGGAACCACCUAUCAUCAUGGUGGUUGGAUCUCCCAUAAUUGGAAACAGAUUUAUAAACAAAUUGCAUAUAUCGGUGCAGUAGCUGGAUAUUGUGCUGCUUGUACCGCUGUAUUAUGUAUUGUUAUUGAUAAGAUACCCGGUUUACAAUUGAGAGUCGAUGAAGAAGCUGAAAGAAAUGGUCUAGAUGAAGAUCAAAUCGGUGAAUUCGCCUAUGAUUAUGUAGAAGUGAGAAGAGAUUAUUACCAAUGGGGGGUAGAUAACGAUUAUUAUUGGGAUCAUAGAAAUGAUGAAAAUGAAGACGAAGAAGACGAUGACGAAGAAGUAGAUGAAUCCACCACUUCAAAUACAUAUACCCCUAAAUCAACAGAUGAAGAUGAUGACGAUUCCACCACAAUUGAAUCAGAUACUGCUUCCUCUCCUGAAUCUUUUACUCCUCAUCAUUCUCAUCGCCACCACCAUAACCAUUCACAUUCGCGUUCUCAUUCAAGAGCUCAUUCCCACCAUCAUAGUUAUCACCAUACCAAACAAUCAAGUCGUACUUCAAAUGAAAUGCCCGACAGUACUUCAAUGGAAGUACCCAAUUCAAAUAUUAUUUCACAUUCAAACCGUAAGUCAAAUGAAAUCUUGCAAGAUAUCCACCCUUCAGAGUCAGCCGAUCUCGCAAACAUCCAUACCUCAGAUCCUACUGAAAAUGCUCAAGAGAUCGAAUUACAAGAAGUUUAA